AUGGGCGCCUAUGUGCUGCCGAACAUGCUGGCGAGCAUGUCGCUAGCACAGUACUAUGCUGGUACGGUACUAAUUUACAAGCUGCAGCAUACAGUUAACCAACAGCUGCGCACUGCCAUUGGCAAGCAUCGCGCAGUACGGUUGCAGGCGAUCAAGCACCUUUACCUACAGCUAGACCACUGCGUACAGCUGAUGACGCGCUCGUACGAAGUGGCGAUCGUGACGAACGUGUUCCUCGCCAUCAAUGUCACCAGUUUGCUGCUGCUGGAGAUCUACCAGUACUUGCAGGCCAACGAACUUCAAACGAACUCCAUCUACAUCGUGAGCAACGUUAUGUGGCUAGCUUUGUACAUCUGUCUACUUCUUAUGGUGCUUUACCCGUGCGAUAUGAUUAAACGUGAGCAAAUGCGCUUUGGCACUAUUUUAUUCGAAUUGUCUCACAGCGGCAAAGCAGCGACGGUUGGUGAGGAUCAGGUAUUAGGACAGAAAGGAGUUACCCCGGAGAGGGGAAGAUUGUAG